UCAGAGUGAAUCAGUUUAGCUUCUGAGCUAAUAGACGCUUCGAGUUAAAAACAGUAACAAUAACAAUUCUACUAACGUUAACACUACUAACUUAUUAUAUUUAUUUAAGGUAACACAUUCUGACAUAUCUUUGUGCUGUUUAAAGAAUGGAAGAAAAAAUAGGUCAGGUAGAGACACCCAACCCUGGUAUCCCAGUGGACCUGCCAGAAAACACCUUCAUUACAAAACCAACAAAACCAGGCAAUAGAAAAGAGACUGGGGAACCCAGAACAGACCAAAAGAAAAGAGCAGAAGAACCAGAGAUGAAGGCGUUUGUGAAAAAGAAGAUGAUGAAACAGAUACAGGGUAUGACGAAGGGUGAAGAACAAGAUAAGCAGGACGAGACAGUUCGGAGUGUGACAUCUCGCUCUUUAAUGGAUCUAACGAAAGGACCCAAAGACACAGAACAGGACACACACAGCGAGGUGAAGGAGAGAGCGCCGGAGAUGGACGAUAAGGACAGGAGUGAGGAGGCAGACGAGGAUGAGAACACGGAUGAUGCAGAUCAGUAUGUCUCGUGGGUGCAGUGCAGCAUAGCUGAAUGUGCUAAAUGGAGGAAAUUAAGUGAAGACGUAGAUCCAUCAGUUCUGCCUGACGAGUGGACCUGCCAGCAGAACACAGACCCAGGAUUUAGAAGCUGCAGAGUUCCAGAGGAGAAGUGCAGCCUGUCUGAGGAGAUUUUCUGCAAUCUGGUGCCAGGAUCUCUGGUUUGGGCCCGGCAAAUCGGAUAUCCCUGGUGGCCAGCCAUCGUUGAGAGAGAUCCAGACACGGACAACUAUCUGGAAUUUCUCAAGAAAUCCGAUGUCAUUCCGUGCAAGUACCACGUGACAUUUUUGGGGGAUCCAGCGACUCGAGCCUGGGUGCACAGGAGCAGAGUGAAGAACUAUUCAGAUCUAUCUGUGGAUCAGCUCUCCAAAGAGAUUGAGAAGAACUCAGAAGAUGCCGUUCUCAUGGCCAAGGAAGCGGCCAGUCUGUCUCUGAAGGAGCGAUUGGUGAAGUUUGGGUUCAGUGGUCGUUUUGUGUCAGACAGAGAGAGCUCGGAGGAGGACAGUGAUAUUGCAGAGAUUCUGGAACUGUUCUGUGAAAAGACUGAAAGUGACUGUAGUGAUGAGGAUAAAAAGCAUAAGAAACAGAGACUAUCAGAGGGAAAAGAGAAGCAGAGGACCGGACGGACGGACGGACGGAAAGCAGCGAAUAAAAAGACGAGCGGCAGGAAGACUGCGCACGAGAAGAAGAACAGAGGGAAUAAGAAGACGAGAGGAAGAAGAGAAGACAUGGAGGGAGACCAAGCAGUGCCUUCGUGCAGCACGGAAUCACCAGACAGGACAAGAAACCCUAAGAAAAUGGAGCAGAAGAGCAAUGAAAUAAAGCAGAACGAUAAGAGCUCGCUCAGAUCCGACAGGAAGGGUGACGAGGACGAAGGUUCGUGCGGUGAGGAUUUCAGGAUCCUGGACUCCAAGCGGCUGUCUGACAGAGAUAACGACGAGCAGGACCGAGAGCGGGACAAGCUUUUGCUCUGGCUGCUGGAGGAGUAAUGGUACGCCCAGACCAGCCUGCACAUGUGAAGUGGGUAAUUUGGCGUUUGGACCCAUCAGAAACGCAUCCAUGUGAUUUAAUUCGGUUAAAGCCGUUUUCUCCAGCGUUGUUUGUAAUGUUAGAAAGCUUCGCCGAUGACACGCAGACGUGCCACGCCCUGCCUGUAGUCCUGAAGGCAAACUGGGAAGCAUGCUGCGCAGCCCAGUGGGCCACCGGGACUAACGCAAGCCACCCCACCCCACUGUGUGUGUUCAGUACAGUUCUGUUGUGCUUGUGUGUUUAAAACUGUUUUAUUUAUUUGACUGUUUUAUUCAUAUUUAUAUAAAUUAACCUGGUUCCUAAGUGGCUGAAACUGUUGUGUGUGUUACAUAUUACAUAUUUAUGACUAAUGGAUGUGCUUGAUGUUUAGAUUUUAUUACAGGCUUAUUAAAGACUGGUGUGAACUGA